AUGGGCGCGUCCAGGGACGGCGCGAGCCUGGGGGCGUGGCCAGGCGUACGCAGCAGCUCCCUCCUACCCGCGCUGUCAGGCGGCGCUCCGGCCGCGGCGGCAGGCGGCGGCGGCGGCGCCCAGUACGAGCUGCAGGGGUUGUUGCGGGCGCCCUGGGACUGGUCCCUCAAGACCAAGGUGCGCGUCGCGACCCCCGCGCCGCUCGCAUGCCUCCGCGCCGCCGCCGCCGCGGGCCUGCGGCCCGCCUGCCGCGCGGCGGCGCGGCCGGCGUGCGCUGGGGCUGGGGCGGGCGAGGCGGCGCUGGCGGAGCGGCUGCAGCGGGCGCUGAUGCAGUGGCGGCACCCGUCGUGGGCGCUGGCACCAGAGGCCCUCCAGGAGCUGCGGGGCGGGCCUAAGGCGGCCGGGGACGUGCUGACGGCGCGCGCAAGGGAGUGGCGCGACAGCCUGCGGGCGCUGCACGCGAGCGUGCGGCAUGGGGAAUGCCAGGUGGCGUACGUGGCAUGCGCGCAGCUCUUCCACCAGCAGCUGUCUGUGCUGCUGCUCUCGCCCGGCACCCUGGAGAGCAGCCAGCCGGGCGGCGAGCCCGAGCCUGCGGCGGUCGUGUCGCGCUCGAACCGGCAGCUGAGGGCGGCGCUGGACCUGGUGGGGGCAAACUACGUCAUGGCGGCGACUGCAGCAGGCGCCGGCAAGCAGCAGCAGCAGCAGCAGCAGCAGCAGCAGCAGCAGCAGCAGCAGCAGCAGCAGCAGCAGCAGCAGCAGCAUGCGCCGGCUACAGGGGAGCAUCAGCAGCAGUCGCAGCAGCAGCCCCACGCGGCCGACGGCCGCGCAGCGUCGCAGCUGGUGAUCCGCGGCGCGCGCGGCGUGCAGGCGCUGCACCUGCUGCUGCUGCAGCAGCCGUGGUGCACCGGGGAGGGCGCGGGGGACGUGCCGGUGCUGCUGGCGCCGGUGCCGUUUGCUGGCGGUGCGCUGUGCUCUUUGGCGUUCAAGGAGCUCACCCCUGCCAGCACGGCGCCGAGCCGCCGCCCGUUCGCGGUGCCGGUGGCGCCGCAGCAGCAGCACUACUCGGAGAUCGGCGGAGGCGGCAGCAGCUCCGGCGGCGGCGGCGGCGGCGGCGCCCCGCCGGCGGCGCUCUUGGCGCCCUGGACGCUGGCGCGGCUGGCGGCCGUGCUGGCGGAGUCGGAGGCCGAGUUUGAGGUGUUCCUCGACCAGGACAGCAGCAGCAGCAGCCUCAACAUCUGCGCGGACGUGCCUGCCCCCUGGCAGGACGCGCCCUGCGAGGCGGUCGCCGGGGACUCCUGGGAGGGCGGCCUGUCGGAGGAUGAGCGGGCCGAGUGGGGGGCGAGCGGGCGGCGGCUGGCGGGGCGCUGCGUGCGGCAGCUGCGGUUUGCGGGUGGCGUGUUUGCGGCGCAGUUGCGGGCGCCAUGA